CAUGGCUUGAAUACUCUGUAUCUGAUGUAGGAAUAUUGCUGAUUGUCACAUUUUAAAAAACCUAGCGAGUUACUUAAGAAUAUAAGAAAAAAUGGUUUGAAAAAAAAGAAGAAUAUUACUAUAAAAAAAUGUUACAGUAAAGAAAGAUUAAAAAAAAUACGAAAAUGUGUGAAGAAUCGGCAUGUUUGGUACCGCCUUUAGACCAAGUUUCGAACAACAGAUCUGGUGAGCCCAGAACACCCACUGGUUCAGUACCAUCAGGGGAAGCUUUGGUGGGCUUCCACGAGGAUGCCUUAUCGCAGGCUGCCAUGGGCAAAGCCCAGGUGGUUCUCUCCAUAGUACUGGGUCUAGCUCUAGCCUCAGAAUGCUCCGAACUGAGCAUGCUGAAUUUUAUUCUCCCUGCUGCCGAGCUACAUCUUUGUAUUGAAGAGCACAAAAAAGAAUGGCUAGUCUCUAUCACAUUGCUCGCUAUGGCCUGUGGGUCGCUUAUUUGGGGAAUCCUAGGGGACUACAUAGGUCGCAGAAGAGCCCUUCUACUUGCUCUCACUGUCACUUCACUAUUUUCCGCUGUGGCAUCAGUGAUGCCAACUUAUGGAACUUUUAUGACCGCUAGGUUUUGUUCAGGGCUAGGGAUUGCUGGUGCGUUUCCUUUGGUGUUUAGCUACAUGGCCGAGGCUUGUUCGAGAUCUUCUAGAUCUAGAUACAUCGGAGUGAUGCAUUCUAUGUGGCCUGUAGGAGCUGUAUUCACAGCUAUUCUAUUUCACGUCACUAUGCCUACUCUAGGUGCUGACAUUGUCAGGGACAACAAAGAACACUGGAGUUCAUGGCACAGGUUCUUGAUGUUGAGUAUUCUACCCGCUGUAGGAUGCUUGGUGGGUUUGAUGUGGGCUUCAGAAUCACCCAGGUACCUCCUAGAAGCUUCUAGAGAAGUGGAGGCCUUGGCUGUGUACCAGAGGUUCCACAAAUUGAACCAGUCGAAAACCCAGUACGGUUUGACAGAGCUAGAACUGCCUGGGAGGAGUGCUUACAGAGAUAGGCCAAGCAGUCCUACAAGAAAUAUUGUUUCCCAGGGAUUAUAUUCGUUUAGGGAGGCUUUUCAAAAAAUCACUUCACCCAUUCAUUUUCGAACCACCGUCUUACUGGCAACGUUGCAUUUCUUGAUAGGGUUGAUCUAUAUGGGGAUGUCAACGUUUUCUUCAACCCUCAUCAAAGAGCUUCGUGAAAGGGAGUAUUUGGGCCAAAAAAAGUUCGUGGAAGGUCAAAAUUUUACUGGAAACUUUACAGACACCAUCGAGAACGUCUAUUUUAAGGAUUGUAGGUUUGACAACGUCAGUUUCACGCACGUGAACUUGAUUCACGUGAAUUUUUGGAACUGUACAGUCGAGUAUUCGGAAUUUAUCAAUGUGAAGACUUCUGUGUUAACGUUUGAGAAUUCUUUUAUCAGGAAUUCACGAUUCAUCGAUACAGACCUGACAGACCACCAUUUUGUCAAGUGCAACCUCACCAACAACUCAUUUCUUUCCCUAAUAUCGAACUGCGUCAUAGAUUUCGACUAUAACAUCUACUUAGACGACCUGUACGAUGAAACUUUAGCCUGGUCGGGUUUCAUGAUCCCAGGCCUAUUUUUGUUCGGAUUUCUACUGGAUUUCACCACCAGAUCCAGGAUUAUCGUUAUAUUGUUGCUGCUGGCCAGUCAAGUGGGAGGAGAAAUAUUAUUUAUCCAUUUUUUGGGAUAUUCCACCAUUAUUUUUACCGCUGUUGAAAUUAUUGUGAAAGUUCUACUGGUUUGCGCUCUCUGCGCCAUCUCUUUGGUAGUAGUCGAAGCAUAUCCCUGCCAUUUAAGGUGUACAGCUCAUGGAAUAAUGCGCAGCUUAUAUCACAUCGCGUCCUUAUGCGCUAUACCGAUCUACACAGCGUUAGCUCACACAGCUCUACUAUUUCCAGCCGUUGUUACAGUAGCCCUAACUUUUACAGCAGCAUUUUUAUCCUUAAAAAUACAGGACAACAGCAAAGUUCUCCUGUAAAUGCCUCGUAAUUUUUUUAAAUGUCUAUAAGACAAUUUUAAGAUUAUGUUGUUAAAAACUUCAGAGAAUAUUUUAAAACAGCAUGCAGCAUUGUUUAAAUCAUUUUUUUUUUGUUAAAAUAUUGUAGUUGAUUGUUGUCUUAAGUUGUUACUCUAAAGUUAAGGCAGUCUGUGAUAAUUUUUUUAUUGCACAGGUGACUUUUGUGAAUUUGAUAUAAACAUAGAAAAAUUAAGAUAUUCAGAGUUCAGAAUUUUGCAUAUCAUUUUAGGAUAAAUAAACAACAUUUUUCGUUUGUGUAUACAGGGUGAGUUUGAAAUAAGUGCAAACGUUUUUACAGGGACAGUCUACUACCUAAUGUUACCAUAUUAUCAUGGUAUUAUGUUUUUUAUUACUAUUAUAUUAAAAAUUAAAAAAAAACAUUUUGUUUUAAAAAAUACCAAAUUUGUGUUUCUAUACUACCCCUAAAGAUAUUUGUACUUAUUUAAGACUCAUCCUGUAUAAUAUGCACAAACAACGAGCUUUUUUAACCGAUCUUACAGAAAACAAAUCAAACGAAGAAAUGCUUUGUACGAAUUUGAAAAUCAUAUCAAAAAUAAUAA